AUGUGGUUGGUACGUGGAUACGUUGGAAAUGAAUUGAAAAUAAUAUAUAAGACAGUAAUAAGACCAAUAGUUGUUUAUGUGAGCGAAGUAUGGAAAUUGAAUACAAAAGAAGAACACUCUUUGGAAAUAUUUGAGAGAAAAGUAUUGAGGAAAAUAUAUGGAAGAAAGGAAGAAGGAGAGGUAUGGCUGAGAAGAACAAACGAGAAACUGAUGAGAAUAUACGGGGAGCCAUUAAUAACAAACGUGACUAGAGUACAAAGAUUGAGGUGGCUGGGAGACGUAGGAAGGCUGGAGAGAAGGAGAGAGACCAACGAGAAAAGUACUAACGGGGAGGAGAGGAAGAGGCAGACCUCGGACGAAAUGGCUACAAGCGGUGGAAAGGGACUUGGAUGA